AGGCUCCCCGGGGGUGACGUGGCUUUACGUCAUAGAAUCCAUUUUGGCAAUUCGGAGUUGUGAUCUGAUGGGCCAAGAUGAUGGAAGAAGUGUUUAGUGAUCAGCAGGCAGAGAUUCUGGAGAAGCUGGAAUCUUCCGGACCCUCUGCCCAAAUUGCUCACCAGCUUCAAGAAGCAGCUCAGACAGAUGUAAUUUCCUCUGCUGGUGGCAAUGGUAAUGGUAGUUCAGCUUCACCUGUGUUGUCUUCUCUUAGUUCGUCCCUCUCCAGUAGUUUUACAGAUGGAUCAACAAUUUUCCCAACGACAACCGAUGUCUCUUCUUCCCCCAUGACAGCACUAGGAACUCCAAGCAUGACUAUGACUACCUCUUUGGUAACAGAAACCAAUAAAAUUGAUAUGCCACUGUCCAGUUUAACUAUAUCUCAACCCCCAUCUUCCAUCCGAGACAAAAGUUUCCCAUCAGAUCAUGUAGAAACACCAAUAAUACCAAGAACUGAAACACCUACUGUCCCACAAGAUACGACACAAACUCACAGCAGUUUGUUUGGUUGGUUUUCUGGUAGCAAUUUUGUUUCCCGUGUUGUUGAGAAAACUAAGAGUUCAGUUGAAAGUGUGAUUACAACUUUGGACCCUCAAAUGAAAGAAUAUAUAAAGAGUGGUGGUGACAUUGAUAUUAUUGUGGCUUCCACAAAAGAAGUGAAAAUUGGACCUAUUCGAGAAGCAAUGCAACAAGCUUUUGGUCGGGCAACUGUUACUGGAAGAGAUAGUGAGACCAACACUGCUGCUCAACCUCUUGGCUAUGCUGCUGCACUUAGAGGAGCUCAGGAAAGAAUAUCUCGCUUACGUCAACAAGAUGAUAUUAAAGAGAAGCAAGCAAUUGUUGCAAUUGAAGGCUUUAUAGUAGAACUUCAAGUUGAUGGGUGGUUUGAGAUGAGUUGUUUACACCUCCAAGAUCCAGCCCAUAAUAUCACUGUUACUACUUAUUCUCAACCAACACCAAUUCCAACACCUUAUGUAUUGACUGCUCAGGACCGAACUCCCACAGAUUAUCCUUUGCGCUGGUCAGGCCUUGCUGUGACAAUUGGGCAAGUAGUAGAAGAGGCCCAACCACAUAUUGGGCGUUCUAAUUGGCAGUUAGCUUUAGCUGGUGUCAGUCGCUACCAAAGUUUAAGUUUAGCUGCUCAGGUAUUGGCUUACCUCUAUAAACAACAGUUUCCAACAUCAUAUAUAUCUUGAAGUAUAUUAUUUUUUGGGGUUUUUUUUCUUAGAAUGUACUAAAGGAAUCUAAACAUUACAAUCCUCUCUCUCUAUUUUUAUUUCGAAAAUGCAAUAAUUUGUACUUAAAUAAAAUGAGAUUUUAUAACUGGUGAUCAAAUCAUUUCAAACUUGAGGUGACAAAUAACUAACGAUAUCUAAAAUUGAGUUUGUUUUGUAGGUUUUUCCACUCAUAUUUAUAAGUUCUUUAUUUCCACAUUUUAGAUUUAUUUUAUAUAUGUAUCCAUGUCACAGAAUUAUCUAAAUUUUCAUAUAUUUCCUUAUUUAUUAAGCUGUUAGUCUAAGCUGUGCUGACACUUGAACCAUUUCUUUUAUCUUGUGCUUUUUUGAUUUGUUAAUUUUUCUAUAUCCAAGACAAAGAAACAGUUGUUCUUAAUCUUACUGGAUUGCAUUUAUAAAGUUCUAAUUCUUUAAUAUUUGCUUUCCUUUUGUAUUUAAUUCUUAUUUAAGCAGGUAGGUAUUCACCUCUAUAUCUAAAUGUGAUGUACAGUAGUUGUGGUAUAACCUACAAUAAUACAACGGAAGAAAAAUUGCUAUUUAAGUUACCUGAAAAUAACUAAGGAAGCAUAUUUUCAGGAAUUCAUUUCAACUGUGAUUCUUCUGUUAGUUUAUUUGUUAUAACACUUCAAUGUUUUGGAAUAAUAAAUAUUUUAUACUAUUAUUUCACAUGUACAUUUUUUUUUAUUUAGCUUUUUUCAUUUAAAGAGAAACCAAAAUUAAAUAUUGUUGGGUAAAGAUUUUGGCCUUAGACUAAUGUGAAAAUGAUCUAAUAACUGGCCUGAUAUAAUGACAGUUAGGGGUGGAAUUUAUUUAUACCCAGCAAUAUACUGUCAUAUAUACAGUAAAACAAUAAACUGUUUUACUUCAAUACUUAUUUUCAUCAGAUAUAAAAUAUGAAACUACAUUUGAGCAUCAUGAUUUCAUAUUGCGUUCAGUACUGUUUCAAAAAAGAUUUUUUUCACAUAUUAAAUAUUCUAAUAGAAUAAGUGAGUAGUUGACAUAAAUCCUUUGUUUGAUAACUAUUAUUUUCUUUCAGUAAACAGAUAGUAUUCAUUAUUGUCAUUCAUAUAUAUAUAUAUAAAGACAAUAACUUAGAUGGAAAUUCAUAGACUUUAUUAAUGCACCACAUCAUGUGUUUCUGCAUCUCAUGUGCAGAAACACAUGUUGUGAUGCAUCAGUAAAGCCUAUAAAUUUCCACAAGUCAUUAUUGUUAUUAUAUUUAUCCUAAGCAAUGUGGGAGCUGGCAGAAACAUUAGCACGCCGGGUGAAAUGCUUAGCAGUAUUUCGUUGUCUUUAUGUUCUGAGUUCAAAUUCCACUGAGGUCACCUUUGCCUUUCAUCUUUUGGGGUUGAUAAAUUAAGUACCAGUUGCAUACUGGGAUCGAUCUAAUUGAUUGGUCCCUUCCCCCAAAAUUUCGGGCCUUGUGACUAGAGUAGAAAAGUAUAUUUAUCCUAAGCUGAAAGGAGUUCUACUUGUAUAACCGUUCCAUCAGAUUACACUGGGAGAUGGGACUGGCAGGUGGUAGCCGACAACCAGAAGCAUAGGAGUUUUUAAGAGCACAUUCUAAGGCUUUUGCCCAAAACAAACUAAAUGGAUGUGUGUAUAUAUAAUUACAUCACCGAAUUUGUUAAGAAGAAGGUCAUAUAUACUUGUAUAUAUAUUUAUAUAUAUAUAUAAAUAUAUAUAUAUACAUAUAUAUAUAUAUAUAUAUAUAUAUAUAUAUAUAUAUAACAGAUGGUAUAUAUUAUGCAUAUAUAUGUAUGUGUGUGUAUAUAGAAGAAUGAUGAACAAACAAUAACAGGUAUAAGGAAUGUAUUUAUAUGAAUAAUUCCAUAUGUAAUUUAUAUGAUGAAAGUGGGUUGUGUUUUUAAAGCCAUUUCACAUGAUCCAUGAGUGGUUGAUAUAACAAUGCAUAUUAUGCAAGUCGGUGCAAUACUGAGACAUAAGCAUAAAAACAAAGAUAGUAUCCACUCACACACAUUUUGGUGGCUGAGUAUUUCUGUGCAACAAAUUCACAGAAUUAUAUUCAGAAAAUGAAGGGCAAGUGUGUGAACAGAGGUGGUGUUUAUAACAAUUUAUAUGCAUCAAUAAAUUAGAUAAAAAGAUUUUCUAGGGUGGUUGUAGUAAGAGACACAAGGUAGGUAAGGAAUGGACAUGAAGACACAAAGAGAAGAAGGGAAGGUAUGUAAGGUGAAGGGAGGUGGGUAUGAGUAAAGAAUAGGAGGUAAGUGACCCAGGUGAUGGGGUGGAAAGAAUGAAGAGACAAGGGGAAAGUAAAGAGAGGAAAAGGGACAACUGUGAGUCAGUGGUUCUCAAUCGGAGUCGUAUAAGAUUUUGUUAAAAUUUAUUUGCAAUAAAUCACUUAUACUUCUACAAUUACAAUACACAAAAUAUUUUCAUUUUUUAAAAAUACAAUUCUUAAUAAUAUUUAAUUAUAAAAAUACAGUAGGAUUUUAUUUGAACAUCGAAUGGCUAUGGGGGCCCCAGUAGAAUAAAGUAGGGAUCAAAGGGGCCCAUAGGCAAAAAAUGUUCACUUUCUACAACCAAAAAUAAUGGGAAGGUAGGGUGAAGUGAAUUGAUCAAAGGAAAUACAUUAAUCAUACCAAAAUCGGGGUGGGAGGUGGAGGAGAAUAAAAAUAUAAAUAAACCCUGUCAUAGUGUAGAGAUACACAGUAUCAAAUGUUGCAGUUGCACCAAGCAUAGAUAUCCAAUAAAGGGAGGAGCAAUAUGGCAAGGAAAUGUGACAGCAAGCUACUAGUUAGAUGGUACAUUAAUGGAGGUGGGGAAGAGAAAGUAAAAAAAAAAAAAUGGGUGUGAAAUAAACAAGGUCAUUCAGUUCUGAAGACAAAGCUUAAGUAUAUUCCAAGAUACAUUUUGAAAGAAGGGAGUCUUAAAGGUGACAAAGCUAUUUUGUCAAGAAUAUACUAAUAAGGAGAAAAUAAGUAUUAGGGAAAAAGUGCAAGGAAAGAUGUGGGAUGAAAAGAUAAACCCAAGGAUUUAUUUAAAUUGGUUUGAGCAUAGUAUGUGGUAAUAGGUAAAAGACUUGUAAAAUUAAUAACAGAAUGUAAUUACAUCACCGAAUUUGUUAAAGAGGAGGUCAUCAUUCUGAUAUAAUAUUUCUAGGGAUUCUUGGCUGUGUAGAUUACAUGCUAGUUGGCUUCCUUGGUAUGGUAUUCAAGUCUUCUUGAAGGACCUGGAGAUACCAAAUAUUAUAUUUUUGGCUUUGAUGUAAGUGGCAAGCAAAGUAGGUUUUCACUUGAUAUUUGAAAAAGAGCUAAUGUGUGCAAGAUACUGGCACUUAGUCAAUCGUUGUUACUUCUAUGUAUAUUCUGGUGGAGUUAUGUGUGAUAGGAACUAUACACCUACAUACAACAUUAUAGCAUAGACAGUGGUCUCACAAGAGACAAUUAUUUGAUAUUCUACAGUUGUAUGUCUUCUUAUCUCAAGUUAAUAUAUGGAUCUACAUAUAUUAUUAUAAACAGUACCUCUGUUCACACAUUCACCGUUUUCUUCUGAAGAAAAUGCUAUGAAUCUGUUGCACAAUGAUGUUUAGCCACCAAACUUUGUGCUUUUAUGUUUAUGAGUACAAAUUUUAACCUCUAAUCUGAGUGUAGCUGUGAAUUUCUUGAUAGUUCAGCAAAGAUGUUUCCUUUUUCACUGGGUCAUCUUGUAUUCAUUUUCAUUUUAUAUUUCCCUUUUACCUUGCCAAUCAAGGAAUUCAUUUUCUUUGAAUGAGUCUGUAUCUGACUGUGCCAUUAUUUUCUGGUUGCUCUUGUUAAAUGCAACAUUGACCUAAUAUGGCAAACACUUGUGUUAAAUUUACUGCAGACUUUUAUAUCAUCAUGUUGAUCCACCAAACUUAACUCUUGGUGUUUACUUAUUAAUAUUAAAAUUCCUUUUUGCUAUGUGAAAGCAGUUUGAUAAUACUGACUCAAGACUCUUGUUGAGAUGGAAUAUUUGAAGAUUGGCUGCUACAAGUAGUUAUCUUACAGGUAUUAAUAAAAUAUCUGCAUAUCUACUUAAAAAAGUUUAAUAAAGUUUGAUAUCAUCCUA